AUCUUCACAAUAUCCAUUCUUCCCUUAUCUCUGCUGACCCGCCUCCCAUUCCCCUCGUCAUCAAGAUCCCUGCAAAAGCAAAGGCGUUGAUUUCCUUGCUUGACCCUGCUCGCUGCUCGACAUUUGGAGACCUGCAAUUUUGGGCUCAAUUCUACCUCGUCAAGUUGCUGAAUAUUUUUGGUUGUGACUCAAUGGAAUCUUAUGUUUCCUUACUGAGCUUCUGCUCGACUGUAAAACCUGCCCCAUUAAUCAAAAACUGUAAUUGGAGGAAGAGAAAUUGUGUGCUUCAAGUUUCUGCAGUCUCCUACCAGAAGUUCAUUCAUUUUGCCCUCAAUGAGACAAAUCACCACACUGUUGUGCUCCCUUCUCCCCUCCAGGAAAAAUAUGGUUCCAUGGUUGCAAUGGAUGGAAAGACUAGGCUUGGAAUGCUAUCUUUUGAAGCUCCCAAAAUUAGGCUGCUGCGAAGUAUGAGUAUUGAGAGUGAAACCAUACAGGUUUUGGAUUUCGCUGCGUUCCCAGAACCAGAAUAUGAUAUACCCAUAUUCUGUGCCAACUUCUUCACUGCUGCUAACACAAACAUAAUUGUGUUGGACCUGAACCCAUUGCAUAAUGUUAUCAUUCAUAGAGAUUACAGGGAAAAAUACUACAAUCAUUUAAUACCCCUAGGUGUUAAGUAUUCUGAGCUUUUACCAUGGGGAGGAAAGCUUACAAGUGAGUCUAUUAAAUUCUUCUCACCAAUAGUGAUAUGGACCAAGUUCACUUCAAGCCAAUCAAAUUAUGAUGUUUUAUAUUCUGCAUUUAUGGAAUAUUACAAGGCAUGGCUAGAGUUGAUGGACCAAGCAGUGAAGGAGACAGAACCAUCUCAGCUGAUAAGAGACUGUGAAGCACAACAUAGAUAUUUAACAUGGAGAGCAGAAAAGGAUCCAGGUCAUGCAUUCCUGAAAAGGUUGAUUGGUGAGAAGCAUGCAAAGGAUAUUUUGAGGAGCUUUCUCUUUAGUGGAAUCAAUGAAUUGGGAAGUAAAACUUUCCUCGAUUACUUCCCAGAGUACCGCUGUGAGGAUGGGACUGUGAAUGAGAAGAGAAGCAUCAUUGGAAAGUCUUAUGAAACUCGGCCUUGGAAUACAGAUGGAGAAUUUAUUGGCAAUAAUUUCAGAAACUAACAUCUUCAAUCUUUUGUGGGGACUGGGGAGGGUGUUGGGGGGAAGGAAGAUGCAAUUCCAGAGCUUUAUACCAAAAUGCAUUUAGGCCAUACUCUGGUGCUAUUACUCCUAACUUUGGGGAUUAUGAGGCACAGAGGCAUUGGAUGGAAACACCCUUAACCUUCCCGCCAAGGACUGGUAUUGCAACAGCAGUGUCGAUGCUUUCAGCUACUGGGCCUUGAUUAUCUUUCCCUCAGCACCUACCAAAGAAAUUACUUAGAGAUGGAUAGUGUUGUCCUCUGAUAUGCUGAUGUUCUUUCCAUGGUUCUUUACCGUGUGUCUGUGGGUUGCUCCAGCAUGUGCCAGAAAAAUGACAUAGCAUGGCACAUGGAAAUGAUUCUACUUAACCCAUGUCCAAUCCUUAUUAAACAUGGUCAUUUGCAGGUUUUCCUAAUCUUUCCUGAAUUCUACUUUAGUAUUGAAGUAUUUUGUUAAACUAAUCUCUGUCUGGUUUUGCUUCAGCAUAAUUGUAUCAGUUUGGGCCUUACCAUAGCAGCAACAUGAUAUGCUUUUUAUUUGAGUCAGUGUGUUUGGCUCAACAAUAUUUCUUUUGCCUCCGCUCCACCUCUGUUUUCAAUGGAGGAAGAAACACUUAAAUGCAGAAAAAGGGAGGAGAGUCCCCAAGCAAGCCAUGCGGGAAAUUGAUCAGCUUAGUGCUGAGAAUGCCAGUCCCAAGAAAGCAAUUGAGGAAUUGCAGGCCCAGGCAAACAUGACGAAAGAUAGCAGAGAACAUGAAUUAGUUGUGAGAUCAUCUUUAGAAAUGAAGAUCUCUGCUAUGAAGUUUGAGAUAUCUUGGUUAAAGCAAAAAGUAAUAACAGAUGCUCAAUCUCAAGGUUGGAAAGUUCUUCUUUUGUAUUUAUCGUUUCCAGGUAAAUGUUCUUUCAUGCUAUCUCCUUUUCAUAGGAAAAAAAAAUGUCAUUUCUUCUGAGUUAAUUCUUCUAUGGGCUGAUGCAUGUCUUCAUAAAUAGUUAUUUUCUAUGUAUAUUGUUUAUAGAAGUAUUAUAAACCUCACAACCUGAG